UGGUUGCGCGUUGAGGGCUGAGGCGUUUUCGAGCAUUUGGACGAUGCCGUGACGCAGCAUAGCGACAGUGUUGACAGCGUGAGCGCACCCCUGUGGAGGGAGCCCUUCGGUCGCGGAGGUGGCGCGUCAAGGAGGCAGGUUGCUAUUUGAGGGUGCUCCCUCGGAGCCCUUCAGUGAGUGGGGGAGGGGCGGCGGACGCCGAGCGGUCCCCGUCUGCGCUUGCGCCGGCGCCUCCGGUGACCCGGCCUACACGCACGCGCAUGCCCGCUGCGCGUGGAGCCGCGGUGGCCGGCGGCAUUGCGCGUGCGCGCAGAAGAGCCCGCUGAGGAGCGGCGCUGGCGGACGUCGGGCGGACGGCCCGUGACGUCGUGAGGAGCGCUUUAAAGUGCGGGCUGGGCCGGGCGUCUGAGGGUCUGGCUGGGAGUCGGGUCGGUCUUCCGCGGCGGCCCUCCGCGGCAUGAGGCGCUGCCGGCGCCCUUGGUCUCUGGGACGUGGAGAAGGUGGAGGAGGAGGAAGCCCCGUUGCCUCCACAGCUGCCUGACCCCCCGCCCCUGAGGCCCGACCCCGCGCCCGGUCCCUCUACGCCCCCCGCCGGGUCCCCCGGUCUCGCAUGGGGGCUUGGCGCUGAGGAACACUUUUUCUCCCGGGGCGCCGGGGCGCGUCCUCCGAGAGCCAUGCCCGGCCGCCCCUCCCCCCCCGGAGGACCCUAGAGCAACGUCGCGGGGGCCAUGGCGGCCGCCAGCGGUUACACGGACCUGCGUGAGAAGCUCAAGUCCAUGACGUCCCGGGACAACUAUAAGGCGGGCAGCCGGGAGGCAGCGGCCGCCGCCGCCGCCGCCGUAGCCGCCGCUGCCGCCGCCGCCGCCGCCGCCGAGCCUUACCCGGUGUCCGGGGCUAAGCGCAAGUACCAGGAGGACUCGGACCCCGAGCGCAGCGACUACGAGGAGCAGCAGCUGCAGAAAGAGGAGGAGGCGCGCAAGGUGAAGAGCGGCAUUCGCCAGAUGCGCCUCUUCAGCCAGGACGAGUGCGCCAAGAUCGAGGCCCGCAUCGACGAGGUGGUGUCCCGCGCGGAGAAGGGCCUGUACAACGAGCACACGGUGGACCGGGCCCCGCUGCGCAACAAGUACUUCUUUGGCGAGGGCUACACGUACGGUGCCCAGCUGCAGAAGCGCGGGCCUGGCCAGGAGCGCCUCUACCCGCCGGGCGAUGUGGACGAGAUCCCCGAGUGGGUGCACCAGCUGGUGAUCCAGAAGCUGGUGGAGCACCGCGUCAUCCCCGAGGGUUUCGUCAACAGCGCCGUCAUCAACGACUAUCAGCCCGGCGGCUGCAUCGUGUCUCACGUGGACCCCAUCCACAUCUUCGAGCGCCCCAUCGUGUCCGUGUCCUUCUUUAGCGACUCGGCGCUCUGCUUCGGCUGCAAGUUCCAGUUCAAGCCUAUCCGGGUGUCGGAACCGGUGCUUUCCUUGCCAGUGCGCAGGGGAAGCGUGACUGUGCUCAGUGGAUAUGCUGCUGAUGAAAUCACUCACUGCAUACGGCCUCAGGACAUCAAGGAGCGCAGAGCGGUCAUCAUCCUCAGGAAGACGAGAUUAGACGCACCCCGGUUGGAAACAAAGUCCUUGAGCAGCUCUGUGUUACCACCCAGCUAUGCUUCAGAUCGUCUGUCGGGAAACAACAGGGACCCUGCUCUGAAACCCAAGCGGUCCCAUCGCAAGGCAGACCCUGAUGCUGCCCACAGGCCUCGGAUCCUAGAAAUGGACAAGGAAGAGAACCGGCGCUCGGUGCUGCUGCCCACACACCGUCGGAGAAGUAGCUUCAGCUCUGAGAACUACUGGCGCAAGUCCUAUGAGUCCGGGGAGGACUGCUCGGAGGCGGCAGGCAGCCCCGCCCGCAAGGUGAAGAUGCGGAGGCACUGAGGCGUGCCGUGCACCCCUGGGAACUUUGGUUACUCCUCAUGUAGCUGCCCCCUCCUUUUGUUCGUUUCGGUUUUUUGGUGUUCCGUUUUGUUUUUGUUUGGUUUUUG